AGGCUGAGUGGGACACAAACGUCUGAGCCCGUGUCGCCUGGGGCGCUGAGAAGAGAGUGUGGCCCGGGAGAGGGUGGAGACGACGACUGUGACGGGCUUCCCGGCUGCCUGUAGUGGGAGUGGUGUGGGCUGCAGGAAGGAGAGAGGAAGAGGAGCAGAAGGGGGCAGCAGCGGCCGCCGCUAACGGCCUCCCUGGGCGCUGACAGGCUGGGCCGGCGCCCGGAUCGCUCGGGAGUUCGCGCCGCCGCCGCUUCGGCCGCUCGGCUCCUGGGCCCGAACUUGCGGCGCGCGUCGAGGCGGAGAGCUGCUGCCUCCGCACAGCGAGAGAGGCCGGGUCCUCGCCGCCGAGGGAUGUGAGUGGGAGCCGAACCCGCGCGGGAGGGCCCGGAGGUCCCAGGCUGGCGACGCUCGGAACCGUGCCCGCUCCGGGGGCUUCGCAGAUCUUGGCCGACCGGAGGCGCUGAGUAGGAGCAGCCCCUGCGGGCUUGGGGGCGCGUCCUCGUCGCCCGAUCCGGGCAGCGGGUUUCAGAAGCAGGCAAGGGACCAAGAUGUGAACUGUUUCUCUUCAGAAAAAGAGGCCCUUCCUCCCCUUCCCGCGGCGACCAAUGUUCUGAAAAAGACUGCAUGGGAAUGGCUUGCCUUACAAUGACAGAAAUGGAAGGAACAUCCACAUCUCCUAUACAUCAGAAUGGUGAUAUUCCCGGAAAUGCUAAUUCUGUGAAGCAAAUAGAUCCAGUCCUACAGGUGUAUCUUUAUCAUUCCCUUGAGAAAGCUGAGGGAGAUUACCUGAAAGCUGAGGGAGAUUACCUGAAGUUUCCAACUGGGGAGUAUGUUGCGGAAGAAAUUUGUGUUGCUGCUUCUAAAGCUUGUGGAAUCACACCUGUGUAUCAUAGUAUGUUUGCUUUAAUGAGUGAAACAGAAAGAAUCUGGUAUCCGCCCAACCAUGUCUUCCAUGUAGAUGAUUCAACCGGGCACAAUGUACUCUACAGAAUAAGAUUUUACUUUCCUUACUGGUAUUGUAAUGGCAGCAACAGAACCUAUCGGCAUGGGAUAUCUCGAGGUGCUGAAGCUCCUCUUCUUGAUGACUUUGUCAUGUCUUACCUUUUUGCUCAGUGGCGGCAUGAUUUUUUGCAUGGAUGGAUAAAAGUACCUGUGACUCAUGAAACACAGGAAGAAUGUCUUGGGAUGGCAGUGUUAGAUAUGAUGAGGAUAGCCAAAGAAAAGGAUCAAACCCCACUGACCAUCUAUAGCUCUAUCAGCUACAAGACAUUCUUACCAAAAUGUGUUCGAGCAAAGAUCCAAGACUAUCAUAUUUUGACAAGAAAACGAAUAAGGUACAGAUUUCGCAGAUUUAUUGAGCAAUUCAGCCAUUGCAAAGCCACUGCCAGGAACUUGAAACUUAAGUAUCUUAUAAAUCUGGAAACUCUUCAGUCUGCCUUCUACACAGAGCAAUUUGAAGUAAAAGAACCUGGAAGAGGUCCUUCAGGUGAGGAGAUUUUUGCAACCAUUAUAAUAACUGGAAACGGUGGAAUUCAGUGGUCAAGAGGGAAACAUAAAGAAAGUGAGACACUGACAGAACAGGAUUUACAGUUAUAUUGUGAUUUUCCUGAUAUUAUUGAUGUCAAUAUUAAGCAAGCACACCAAGAAGGCUCAGAUGAAAGCAGAAUUGUAACUAUCCAUAAGCAAGAUGGUAAAACUCUGGAAAUUGAACUUAGCUCAUUGAGAGAAGCUUUGUCUUUUGUGUCAUUAAUUGAUGGAUAUUAUAGAUUAACUGCAGAUGCACAUCAUUACCUCUGUAAAGAAGUAGCACCUCCGAUGGUGCUUGAAAAUAUACAAAGCAACUGUCAUGGCCCAAUUUCAAUGGAUUUUGCCAUCAGCAAGCUGAAGAAAGCAGGUAAUCAGACUGGACUCUAUGUACUUCGAUGCAGUCCAAAGGACUUUAAUAAAUAUUUUCUGACUUUUGCUGUUGAGCGAGAAAAUAUCAUUGAAUAUAAGCACUGUUUGAUUACAAAAAAUGAGAAUGGAGAAUACAACCUCAGUGGGACUAAGAAGAACUUUAGUAAUCUUAAAGAUCUUUUGAAUUGCUAUCAGAUGGAAACUGUUCGCUCAGACAGUAUAAUUUUCCAGUUUACUAAAUGCUGUCCCCCAAAGCCAAAAGAUAAAUCAAACCUUCUAGUCUUCAGAACCAAUGGUGUUUCUGAUGUACCAACCUCACCAACGUUACAGAGGCAUAAUAAUGUGAACCAAAUGGUGUUUCACAAAAUCAGAAAUGAAGAUUUGACAUUUAAUGAAAGCCUUGGCCAAGGCACUUUUACAAAAAUUUUUAAAGGUGUAAGAAGAGAAGUAGGAGACUAUGGUCAAUUGCAUGAAACAGAAGUUCUUUUAAAAGUUCUGGAUAAAUCACAUAGAAACUACUCAGAGUCUUUCUUUGAAGCAGCAAGCAUGAUGAGCCAGCUCUCUCACAAAUAUCUGGUUUUAAAUUAUGGAGUAUGUGUCUGUGGAGAGGAGAAUAUUCUGGUUCAGGAGUUUGUAAAAUUUGGAUCACUAGAUAUAUAUCUGAAAAAGAAUAAAAAUUCUAUAAAUAUAUUAUGGAAACUUGAAGUGGCUAAACAAUUGGCGUGGGCCAUGCAUUUUCUAGAAGAAAAAGCCCUUGUUCAUGGGAAUGUGUGCGCCAAAAAUAUUCUACUUAUCAGAGAAGAAGACAGGAAGACAGGAAAUCCUCCUUUCAUCAAACUUAGUGAUCCUGGCAUUAGUAUUACAGUUUUGCCAAAGGACAUUCUUCAGGAGAGAAUACCAUGGGUACCACCUGAAUGCAUUGAAAAUCCUAAAAAUCUAAACUUGGCAACAGACAAAUGGAGUUUUGGUACCACUUUGUGGGAAAUCUGCAGUGGAGGAGAUAAGCCUCUGAGUGCUUUGGAUUCUCAAAGAAAGCUACAGUUUUAUGAAGAUAGGCACCAGCUUCCUGCACCAAAGUGGACAGAAUUAGCAAAUCUUAUUAAUAAUUGUAUGGAUUACGAACCAGAUUUUAGACCUUCUUUCAGAGCCAUCAUACGUGAUCUUAAUAGUUUGUUUACUCCAGAUUAUGAACUAUUAACAGAAAAUGACAUGUUACCAAAUAUGAGGAUAGGUGCCCUAGGGUUUUCUGGUGCUUUUGAAGACCGAGACCCUACACAGUUUGAAGAGAGACACUUGAAAUUUCUACAGCAGCUUGGCAAGGGUAAUUUUGGGAGUGUGGAGAUGUGCCGUUAUGACCCUCUACAAGACAACACGGGGGAGGUGGUGGCUGUGAAAAAGCUCCAGCAUAGUACUGAAGAACACCUCAGAGACUUUGAAAGAGAAAUCGAAAUCCUUAAAUCCCUGCAGCAUGACAACAUUGUAAAGUACAAGGGAGUGUGCUACAGUGCUGGUCGGCAUAAUCUAAGAUUAAUUAUGGAAUAUUUACCAUAUGGAAGUUUACGAGACUAUCUCCAAAAACAUAAAGAACGGAUAGAUCAUAAAAAACUUCUGCAGUACACAUCUCAGAUAUGCAAGGGUAUGGAGUAUCUUGGUACAAAAAGGUAUAUCCACAGGGAUCUGGCAACAAGGAAUAUAUUGGUGGAGAAUGAAAACAGAGUUAAAAUUGGAGAUUUUGGGUUAACCAAAGUCUUGCCACAAGACAAAGAAUACUACAAAGUGAAAGAACCUGGUGAAAGUCCCAUAUUCUGGUAUGCUCCAGAAUCACUGACAGAGAGCAAGUUUUCUGUGGCCUCAGAUGUUUGGAGCUUUGGAGUGGUUCUGUAUGAACUUUUCACGUAUAUUGAGAAGAGUAAAAGUCCACCAGCGGAAUUUAUGCGUAUGAUUGGCAAUGACAAACAAGGACAGAUGAUUGUGUUUCAUUUGAUAGAACUCCUGAAGAAUAAUGGAAGAUUACCAAGACCAGAUGGAUGCCCAGAUGAGAUUUAUGUGAUCAUGACACAAUGCUGGAACAAUAAUGUAAAUCAACGACCGUCUUUCAGAGACCUAGCUCUUCGAGUUGAUCAAAUAAGGGACAACAUGGCUGGAUGAAAGAAAUGAACUUCCCUCUGAGACCAAAAUAGACGUAGAGAACAAAGUUUUGUAUUUCACAUUGCCCUGGACUAUUAUUACAUGUAUCAUUUUAUGUAUAUCAUGAUGCUAGCCAGCAAAGAUGUGGAAAUAUCUGCUCAAAACUUUGAAAGUUUAUUGAGUUUUUCUUCAUGAGGACACUAGUUAAAAAGACAUUGAUGAAAGUCCUUAGCAAAGAAUUUUGUAAAAAGUUUGAUGAACCUAAUCAGUCAGUUAAAUCACCUUUCUUUGGAAAAGAAAAAAAAUAGACUUUUUUCAACUCAGAAUUUUGAGAGAUGAAAAAAUUGUAAUGUACAUUUUGCAAAGUUAAAGAUGCACAGAAUACAUAUGUACAGUUUUUACCACAGUGAAUGUAUAAUACCCUGGCAUCUUGUGUGAUGUUUUACACAAGGGCUAGUAUUCAUUAAUGAUGUUUUCUAAUUUUUCCAUAGUCGAUCUACAAUAACUUCACUAUACAAACAAAUUAAGAUGCUCAGAUAAUUGAAUAAGCACGUUUUUGUCCUUGUUCAUCUGUAUCACUGGCCAGCAAUAUAAGCAGGUGUACACUUUUAGCUUGUUGUUCUAUGUACUGUAAAUGUUUUUCAAAGCAAAGGGAACAAAUGUUUAGUUUUAUUUGUAUAGGAAAUUUCCCUGACCCUAAAGAAUUUACAUUUUGAAAUGGAACAAGUUUACAAAGAUAUAACACAGUCUAUUUUCUUA